AUGCCGCCUCGGUGUACCGUGGAUGACAGGGUCACACGAGUAGCGUGGUUGAACCGCAGCACCAUCCUGUACGCCGGCAAUGACAAGUGGUCUAUAGACAACCGCGUGGUCAUCCUUUCCAACACCAAGACCCAGUACAGCAUCAAGAUACACAACGUGGAUGUCUAUGAUGAGGGCCCCUACACCUGCUCCGUGCAGACAGACAAUCACCCCAAGACUUCGCGCGUCCAUCUCAUUGUGCAAGUUCCCCCCCAGAUUGUCAACAUCUCAUCAGACAUCACCGUGAAUGAGGGCAGCAGCGUGACCCUCAUGUGCCUGGCCUUCGGGAGACCAGAGCCCACUGUCACGCCGCGGCACCUCUCUGGGAAAGGACAGGGCUUUGUGAGCGAGGACGAGUACCUGGAGAUCACGGGCAUCACACGGGAGCAGUCCGGGGAGUAUGAGUGCAGCGCUGUCAAUGACGUGGCUGUCCCGGACGUGCGGAAAGUCAAAGUCACCGUCAACUAUCCGCCGUACAUCUCAAAUGCCAAGAACACGGGCGCCUCGGUGGGCCAGAAGGGCAUCCUGCAGUGCGAGGCCUCAGCCGUCCCCGUGGCGGAGUUUCAGUGGUUCAAGGAGGACACCAGGUUAGCGAAUGGGCUGGAGGGCGUGCGGAUCGAGAGCAAGGGCCGCCUGUCGACACUGACCUUCUUCAACGUCUCGGAGAAGGACUACGGCAACUACACGUGCGUGGCCACGAACAAGCUGGGCAACACCAACGCCAGCAUCAUCCUGUAUGAGCAAACAGGGACAGCCCUCUCAGUGAUGGCACUUUGCAGGCCCCCAAAUCCUGGCACGGCCAGGAAGCCGUGCACAAGGGCAGAUCUGGAGAGACGAUUGUCUCUGCGCUACCUCCGUAGCCCUCCCAACAUCUACAAGUCAUCCCGAGGGCUGACCACACAACGCAUCGCAAAUGAAGCCGCCUGGCUAUGA